CCCGUCCGUCCUCUGCCGGCCAUGAUGCGGUAUCUUCUCCUGUGGCUUACCAGCCUCCUCCUGGCAUUCCAUUCUCUCGAGGCCCGUCCCGUACGCCCAUCUCCCCCAACCAUCAAACUGGAAGGCCAUGUCGGCCGGCGGGUCCGUUCCCGUUCUCGGGGCCGCGAGAAUGUGUCACUGCGCGACUGGAUCGCGAAUACCGAUCUGCAGUGGUAUAGUAGUAUUCAGGUCGGCACUCCGCCGCAAACUCUAACGGUCAUGUAUGACACCGGCUCGACUGAGCUGGUCCUCCCCAACAAGAACUGCAUCAACUGUGGCAACCAUCGUCGGUUCGACCCGUCCAAGUCCCAGUCAUAUUCUUCCGCGCCAGCCGUAAGGAUGGUGGGUGAAUACUGCACGGGGGCCACGACCGUGCCACUGUCCGAGUCGGAAGUCGUGAACUGCACGGUCAACAGUGACACGGUCCGGCUGGGCGCACUCACCGCAUCGGACCAGUUAAUCGUCCUUUGCACGCAGUUUCCAUCCGUGUUCAAGGAUCUGCCCAUGGACGGGAUCAUGGGUUUGGGGGUGGCGCCGCGGUCCACCGAGGACGGAAUUCCGACCUUCUGGUCGUGGUACGCGCGCGGGCAACUGGCGGAGCCCGUCUUCUCGUUCUAUUUCGUGCCCGGUUCGGUGUACGGUGCCGAGCUGACCCUAGGCGGAGUUGACCCAUCGAAAUUCCUCGGCGACAUUGUCUAUGCCAAUCUCAACCAGAACGUGAGCAUUCUCUCCGAAGCCUACGUGUUAGACUUGCUAGGCCUGUACAUCAAUGACCGGCCAGUUCUCACCAACGGCAACUAUACCAGUGGCGUCGUGGGGGGUCAGCCCGCCCCGUUUGCUCCUGGUCUCGUGGCCCUGGACACCGGGACGGCCUUUCUCCAGACCCCCGAUCAGCAGACGGCGGAGGAGAUCUACCGGCAGAUCUCCCCGUAUAUCACCCAGAUUGAUCCCGCUGGCGCAUGGGGGGCACCGUGCCCCAUCCUAGACGCGGUUGCAACGGACGUGACCUUCGCCAUUGGAGGGAACGGUCCGCCCCUGAUCCUCCCGCGGGAGCUUUUCAACCUGGGAGAGUAUCCCGGUCAGCCGGGCAUCUGUCAAGCCGUUUUCAACAAUCCGACCGACCCUUUGGAGGAUCCCACGGGAGAAGGACGCGCGGUGUGGUUGGUGGGAUCCCCGCUGUUGAAGGCGUACUAUACCGUCUGGAAUGGCCUGGACCUGCGAGUGGGCUUUGCACAGCCGUUGCCACCGUGGCUAUAGAGUGGACCUGGGUUUAUAGAGGGUCAAUUUGCCCCAUUUGUCCACUGUCACUUCCACAAGUCGUAGCACAGGAUCCUGGAGCUGGGGAUCUACUCCUGGCCAGUGGCGGAACAGCUGAUAAUAUUGAUGACCAUGCACGAAACGGACUAAGAUCUACAUAGAUAAAGACAAACGUCGCUCUAUCACCGCAUGGAGCGAAGACUUUUCCAGCAUCUAGUUAAUAAUUUCCCGGCCCAAGAAGCAUUGUGCUUUAUGCUAUAGAGGAGGCUGUCCGUAUUUGCGUUGCCCCUAUUCUGGAUCUUUUGGAAGGGGAGGUGGUGGGAAAGUGGCUGGAAUUCAUCUUAUUCCUCUGUAUUCAGCCAGUGAGUGCGUAUAUUGCAGGAUGGAAUGCGGGCAUGAUCGCCCCCUGACAGGAAUCUCGCAUGCCGCCAGCUGCAACCCUGAUCCAGCCGGAUCUCAUGCGU